CCUCUACACACACACACACACACACACUCACUCGAUCUAAAGCUAACGGGACUCGUUUAGUUAGAAGCUUUUCUCGGUCCGGAUCAGACUGAACUGAUUUCUCUUCUGGUUCCUGUCCGACCUGGAGACAUGUUCUCCCGCUACGUGCUGCUGAUCGUCUCUCUGGUGGAUCUCCUGUCGGACUUCCGUGUGUCCUGCUGUGAUGAAAACUGUGCAAACAAAACAGUGUUCACUCCCCCCCGACUGGUGGUAAAGCACGGAGACCGGACCUCUGCCACCUGCUCUCUGUGCCCGUCGUGCCCAGACGACAUUUUCGAUGUGGAAAAAUCCGUCGGAUACAACGUGAAAAAUGAAAGAAACAUCACAGUAACAUGGACGGUUGAAAAAAUGAUGGAAUGGAGAACGACUCCAAAGUGUUACUAUAUUAAGACUGAUGGUGUCAUUUGUUGCACUCGGCUGAACAUUACCGUGUACAAGCCUCCAGCCCUGGUCUCCAUCAGCUUUUUUAAUCACACCGGCCCGUUGUUCGAGUCCUGUAACUACAUUCUGCAGUGCAAGGUGCACAACGUGGCUCCGAUUAGUAAUGUCCGCGUGACCUUCUUCAGAGGUCAGACAGAACUGGGCCAGAAAUGGACCUUGAGUAACCUGCAGAAGGAACCAGUGACUGAGGUCUUCUCUCUGGGAAUCUCCCCCACUAAAGAAGAUGAUGGAGCUCAGUACUGGUGUCGAGCAGAGCUGGAGCUGGGACCUGAUGGACCACAGCCCCCUCUGAUGGUUGUGUCGAAAAAAGUGAUAGCUACUGUCCACUAUAAGCCCAGGCAGCUGGCGCCAUCACCUCCAGAUCUGAUCACCCUCACACAAGGAGAUCGUCUAGAGCUGAACUGCACGGCCGAGGGGAGCCCCCGCCCCUCGUACACCUGGACCUCCCUGCCAGACGGCGUCCCCCCGUCCACCAGCAGCGUCCUCACCAUCCAGUCUGUGGCUUCUGGGCACGAGGGGCAGUACACCUGCUCUGUCAGCAACUACGUGGGCACAAACACUGUGAUGUUCCGGGUGGCUGUCAAACCCUACAUCACCACGUACAUAACAGUUGCUGUUCUUGUGGGCAUCGCGUGCUUGAUGGGAGGAGUCUUUUGUUUCUACAAACGAAGCAAAAAACACUGGGCCGUACCCACUGAUGGAGAGUGAGUCUGUUGGAAGUUGUGACAAGUGUGUGGAGAAGUUGUUUUGAGAUACGAUGCAGAGUUGACGUCGGACUCGUGGCCUUAGCUGCAUCUCUCUCGCUGUCAAUUGCUGUCGUCUGUCUAUUGACGACUUAAAAUGCCCGAAAUUAUUUCAGUCUCAACUUGUGUGAGUGUCUGUAUCUCAGGUUUAAAACAUACUCAUGGUUUAACAUUGGUUUUAGGCAGCGCCGCCGCUCCCAUAACGCGCACUACGCGCUGUGCGAAGGGCACCAAGUCCUGAGGGGGCCCCAAAAAUAGGCAACUGAAAAAUCAUCAUAGUUAUAAUAAUUAUGUAGCCGAGCGUUUGGUUGUAUCAUAGGUCCGGCCUCAGCCGACAAAGGACACAAGAGCAGGUCAUGCGCUCGGGACAUCACACCCGUUUUUUCUCCGUUCAUUUAACAACUUCACUCAUCACAGAACCCACUUCCUUUAAAAACCCCUUUCAAAAUAAGAGUCACUACCAACAACCCGCUUAGAACAGGAAAUACAAAUCAACCCUCAACAAUAACGUCAUUAAAUAAAAUAGCUUACAAUUAUAAUGCCGAUAUUAUUUCAGUAUAGAAAUAUUAGGCACCUUUUAGGCAUGUAUAUCACAAAACAGGCAGAACAAGAGAUAUAUUUAAUUGCUCAAAAAAAAGGUGGUGGUGACAGCAGGUGACAAUGUAGAGACCUGUUGUCCCCCUCCAACUGAUCCUGCUCUUUGGCCACCACAAGUUUUAGACGCGGAUCGUGUUGAAGUAGUAAGAAGAGGUCCAUUUAAAAUCCCAUCAGAUUUUAAUUUUCCAAGGGGACUAGAUGGCAGGGCGUUUCAUAGUAGCCUACAAUUCAAAACACUCUCAAAUGGAGAGAAAAUCACAAGAAGUUGGCUUGUUUACUCGCAACAAAGCAAAGCUGUGAAGAUGUUCUCAAUACUUGAAUGUGUGUUUUAGCUGUUCUUCAUAGUGUGUUUACAAAGUAAAGUAAAAUUGUGUGAAUUAUCUGCUUCUAAAUCUUUGCUUUAUUGAAGAAGAUUGCUAACUUGCAUACUUCUGCUUUUAAGUUUGUAUUUAUGGAUGACUAUUUAAUUUCUACUAAGAUUUUGCACAUCCCAAUACUUGUGUGUAUGUAUGUUUUGGCUGUUCUGUGUACUGUGUUUACAAAGUAGAUUUUCCUUUUUCGUUUUAAUAAAAUGUUAAACUGGCAGAAACAAAAGUUUUUUCUCGGGGGGGGGGCCAUCAUAAUGGAGUUAUGCUUUGGGCACCAACAUGGUUAGCAGCGGCACUGGUUUUAGGUAAAUUUAUACAUUUCAUUUCACGGACGAAACCACAUUGUUGGACAAAAUUUGAAAAAAUGAUUCACAUAUUCUUUCACACUGAAGUUCCCGAAUGUAUUUCUAUGACUUGUUAAAGUUAAGUUCAACACUUAACUGUAUUUUGUGAGCUACCCACUGAAGUACAUUUUUUAUUUGGUGAAAGAAAGAUCAUCUCUCUCUUUUUCUGUUUUCAGUGUAUGUACAGUUAGUGUGUAGUUAAAAAUCCAGUGUAAAUGUGAAGCUAAUAAAGUAUUCGUUGGCUAAA